ACAACAAACUGUUAAAGAUCGGAACUUUUAACAAUCAUUAUUUCACAAAGGUGACAUUAUACCGCCUUUAAUCAUUGCCGCCGCUGCUUAAGAUAAACAAACUGUCAAUAAAAAAUCUUUAAUCAUUGCCGCCCUUAAUUAAAUGUGUCCUUAAUUGCAAAACCAAUUAUUGACAAUUAUUAAUUAUCGUUAAAGCAGAUCACAAUAAUUGUUUUGUAAUUAGUGUACAAAAAGUAUUUACUAUUUUAUAAUUAGUCUAUUUAUUAUUAAGGAUGACAGUUUUUACUCUUAAAAACAAACUGUUAAACUGAAAACAUUUAUAAUAUUGUCAAAUCUUUCUUCAAAUCACUUCCAAAAUGGAAAUUAUUACAACAAGAAACGGUACCAAAAAACUUUGUCAUGAUGGAUACGUUUAUACCAAGAAGAGAACAACAAAAUCUACUAUACGAUGGGAGUGUUCCCAGAGGUACGCCCAAAAAUGCAAGGGUGCUGCGGUGACAGACUUGAACAUGACGAGUGUUCAUUCAGUAACUUCUCACACACAUGACGCAGAUAAAUUCGCAGUAGAAGCCAUAAAAAUUAGAACAGAAAUAAUGAAUGCAGCUGAUGCUAAUAGAGGAAAACCUGGUCAGAUUCUUGCUGAUAAACUGCUCCAAUAUCCAGUGCAGGUAAUUAUAACAAUGUUUUUUUACGGAAAGAAUAAUGUUAGCACAAUAUUUAUUUAAAAUAAAUAUUAAAUAGAAAAUAAAAUAUAAAGAGAAUAAGUAUUAUAAAGAAAAAGAAAUAAAAUGACAAUAAAAAUAAAAUUCUUUUUCUCCCUGUAUCUCUAUAUGUCUGGUGUACGUGAAUAGCACAUAUUGUUGCAUUAUAAUAACAGAAUUGCACCUUAGUAAAAAAGAAAUUAACAUGUGAGGGGUAAAGGUCGAUGUUAUAUUGAAUGUAAGUUUAAUCCUUAAUGUAUGUUAGCUUUCUUUAUUUCUUUUUUUAGGUGCGCGCAGCAACAGGACAACAUGAAUCUCUGAAAAGAUCAAUUAGACGUGUAAAAAGAGGACAAGCACCAAAAGAACCAACAUCAAUUAACGACAUUCCACAUCCACUACCGAAUGAUUACACCACUACAAAUGCAGAAAAUGAUGAACCAUUCCUGAUACACGACAAUGCGUCCGACACAAGCCGCCUCCUUAUAUUUUCAAGUGAAACCGGAUUAGAACUUUUAGGAAACGCUCAUACUUGGUACAUGGAUGGAACUCAUUCCACAGCACCACAACAGUUUGGACAAUUAUUUUGUAUAAGAGUUCCAUUAAGUGAUUCACAUGUUUCGGUGGUGUACGC